CCCUUUCAUUGUCUAGGCGCAAUAUAUUGCGUUUAAGGACCACGUGAUACCCCAUAGAGAAAACUUUCAUUAAAAUAUGCAGCUAUUUUGAAUUUUCACUAAAAAUUUAUGCAGGAAACUGACCAAUGGUGAUACAAGAAUCAUUUUGUCAACUAUUCCCAUGGAAUUAUGCGCUUAAAUUGCAUAUUUUAACAAAUCCCGCGAGAGUUGAUUAGAACAGACGAACGCCAUUUUUGCUGUUCGAUUCGAAACGAUUGUUACCUUCGUCGCGAUUUUUUGAUCGAUUUAAUAUGGAAAGCUUCAAUGGUUUGGACUCAGACGAAGAGUAUGAAAUAGACUGUCAAUUGCUUGCUGGCAGAGAAGUUGAGAUCCAGUUUGUAUUGCCGGAAUCAGAGACUUGCGAUGCCCCAAAACAACGUGGGUCGAAACGGAGAAGGGAAGGGAGAUACGGAGGUGUUGAUCAGUUACCCCCUCAAAGAAUCAAAAAGUCCACCGGAAGUGCUGAUAAUGUACCAGAAACUGCACUGGAUUUGCCUGCAGCUGAUGCCAGAGGACUUGAUGAAGACGAAUAUGAGAGCGAUGGUUCUACUGAACAUGAAGAUGAUGGAAAUGAUGAGGCACAAUUGAAAGGGUACUGUGGAGACAACCCCAGAAAGCCCAUUCCAGCCCACAAUGUUGCAGAAACUGGGCCAGUCAUUGUGUGGGGAAGAGGACAAGAACCGAAAAAAGCUCUGGACUUUUUUCUUCUUUUCUUUCCUUUCCAGCUGAUGCAAACUAUUGUAAAUAAUUCAAACUUGUAUGCUGUUCACGGUGAAGGGAUUGGCAAAAGUUACAUGGCACAGUCUCAUGGUGAGCUUGCAUGGAGAAAAAUUGAUAUGAUGGAGUUUCGCAGGUUUCUGGCCUGCCUAAUUUAUAUGGGCAUUGUCAAGACACCGACACGGGAAAACUAUUGGCAAAAUGAUGUCCUUUUUUCCGGAUUGUUAGGGUCAAUGUUUCUGCCAACAUUUAGAAGGUAUUGUGCAAUUCUUGCAGCCUUGCACUGUGUUGAUCCAGCUAAUGAAGACAGAUUGGAUCCUUUGUCCAAAAUUAGAAAUAUUUAUGACUUUCUUCGCAGCAGAUGUAAAGAACUUUUUGUUCCAAAACGUUGUGUUUCCAUUGAUGAAAGGAUGGUGAAGUCUAAAGGAAGAUUCUUUUUCAAACAAUACAUUCGAAAUAAGCCUACAAAAUGGGGUUUUAAAUUAUGGGUCUUAGCAGACUCUUCCACUGGCUAUAAUUGGGAUAUGGUGGUCUAUACUGGCAGAAAGAGAGGCGAUGGCUGGGAUGACUUCACAGUGAAUGAAGACAACUUUAGAGGAAUACCUGAAGGAUUGGGUAGACAAAGGCCCAUGUCAGUUGCAGAUGAGACUUCUGGCUUAUUGUCUCAGCUAGCAGCAAGAGUCGUUAUCAAGCUGACAGAGCCUUUGAAGAAUAAGGGAUACAUACUGUUUGUUGAUAACUAUUAUACAAGCAUUCCUUUAUUCCGAUACCUUUCAUCUGUUGGCAUACAUGCAGUUGGAACCAUAAGAGAAAACACAUCUUCUUUUCCAGAAACAAUGAAAAACAGGGCUGCAUGGGGUAAAAAUAAGGACAGAGGAACAGUGAGGUAUGAAAGGGUUGGUGCAAGCCCUCAUGAUGUUUUACUUCUUCAGUGGGUUGAUAGAAAUGUUGUUUCCAUUCUUUCCACUUAUCAUUCUGCAAAUGACUUUGGCUAUUGUAGAAGAAAUCUGAAAGAUGGUGGUCAUCAUAGGAGGGUUGAAAUCAUGAUGCCACAGUGCAUAAAAGAUUAUAAUAAUGACAUGAAUGGAGUUGAUCUUUCAGACCAAAUGUAUCGAUUGUAUUCUGUGCAAUAUCGAACCAAGAAGUUUUGGAAGACACUUUUCUUUCAUUUUAUUGAUAUUGCUUUGUGGAAUGCAUUUGUCUUUUGGUCUGAAUUGAAAAACCCCACUCCUGAACAAAAAAUGCCAGAAAAAUAUACAUUCUUAAAUUUCAAGAUGGAUCUGGUGAAACAACUGGCUGUAACAGACCAAAAGGCAAUCAAAGAUUUUGGAGAUGCAAAUAGAAUUCAGCCGUAUGCCUCUCUUGAUACAAAAACAAAUGACAUUGAUAGCUUUGCAAGUGAAGCAACAUCACAUGCUGUCAAAAGAAUUUCAAACCAAGCAGCUAAAAACAGAGAGAGGUGCACCAAAGAACAAGAAUGGGAUAGAAGAAUGACCCCUGGUCAUUUACCAGUUAAACUGGACAAGCCCCGCAUCUGUAAAGUUUGCUCUGUGCUUUCUGCUGUGCAUGCAAGUAACAACACAAAAAGACCUAAAAGGUCCAUGUUUGCCUGUGUUGAAUGUGACAUUCCUCUAUGUAUUGGUGAAAGGAAUUGCUUCCUUUUCUUUCAUUCUGCAGAAUUCAGCCAAUACAAGGAACCAUACUUAGAGCAUUGUCGUCAUAGUUGACUUUUUAUUUCUGGACACUUUUUUAUCUUUAAUUGAUAUUUGCUGUUUUGGGGGUAUAUGACUAACUGUUAACUAUUAUCAUUAACAUGUUGUUAACAUUUCUAACAGAAGAAACUUUGUGCUGUUUUACAACUGUGAUUUUCAGAUUUUAGAAUAUUUAGAAAGUUGAAAAUCUUUCUGCUUUUUGUUGACAUUCGUGAUAUUUUCGUGAUAUUUCAACUAACGAGCUCUAUGAAUGGUUACAAGAAAAUGUUGAUUAUUUUCCUUCCUGGAAGUACAAUUCUAACAAAAAAUUCAACUCUAGGUAAAUGGAUGCUGAGAAAUUUGAAAAUUCCAUCAAAAAAUGGGUAUCUCAAAUAUAUUCUGAGGUAUUUGAAAAGUAAGAAGAAAUUUAAGUGAUCGAAAAGUAAAAAUAUGCUAAUUAGAGGCCAAUUAUCACUAAUUGGCUUAAAAUAUUCUAAAAUGCUUACCAGUAUUCAAUAAUUUUAUCAAUAUAGGGCUAAGUUCUGAAAUUUCAGUGUCUAAACUGUAUCUUUCAAUUUUUAACAAUUUUUUGAAUAACAGAACCCAAAAUUGCAUAUAUUUUGAUGACAAUGAAAGGGUUAAGGCUUUAAAAGAAAUUGGGAGUGGCUUAGGACAAUUUUAUGGCUUAUUUAAUAAAUAAUUAUUCAUCUUUUGGAAGAAAAAAUUCUAGGUGAAAAGUCGGAAAUUUUAGCAAGGCUAUAACCUUAGCCACUUUUACCAAAACUUUCAUCUAAUUAAACUACUAGUUAAAAGAAAAGUUAAGGCUUUAAAAGAAAUUGGGAGUGGCUUAGGACAAUUUUAUGGCUUAUUUAAUAAAUAAUUAUUCAUCUUUAAGAAGAAAAAAUUUUAGGUGAAAAAUCGGAAAUUUUGGCAAGGCUAUAACCUUACCCACUUU